GAUGGAAAAUAUCGGCGACAUAUUCAAAUAUCCGGAUCGAACUGCCUUUCAAUUAAUAUAAGUAGGUUCAACACUCCGCCACGUUUGCCAGAGCACACACCAGGACCCUCAACAUGUGGAUGAAGAUAUUCUGCCUCGUACUCCUUAUUGGCAGUGCCCUGUCGCUGUCCUGCCUACCUUGCGAAUUGGUGGAUUGCAUGGAACCACAGAACUGUCCGCAGGGCACCGUCCCUGAUGUCUGCGGCUGUUGCCGGCGGUGUGCAAAGGUUGAAGGAGAGACCUGUGGGGGGAUGUGGAACAUGGAUGGCUUCUGUGCCGAUGGUUUGACCUGUGAGAUGCCAGAAAGCCCACAGCCGGACGGUGAGCUGCAAGUCGUGCCAAUCUUCUUCGGUCAGGCUGGUAUCUGCGUCCCUACAGCGUAGCAAGUUAAAGAACCACCAGGACCACCAGGCUUACCAGAAGCGCACACGGUGCUUUAAUGGGAAGGAAUGAAAUAAAGUUGCCUUAAUAGGAAGAA